AUGGAUACAAUAGACAACAUCACCAAGUCGUUGGAAGAAGUGAAGGAGUCAACUAUGAAUGGUGUGUGGAAAAAUAUAUGGCCAGAGUGUGCCAACGAUUUUACAGGGUUCCCCGAAGCAGAAAGUGCUGGGGAAGUUCACCAAGACAUUAUGUUUGCAGUAGCGCUGCAGUUCGAAGUCUACCAAGAAGAUCAGAUGAAGAGCCCUCAAGAUGGUAUCCUUCAGAACAACUCCUGUUUAGAAGAGGAAGGAAGCAGUUUGGAAGAAGAGUCCUCUGAUCCAAAACUAGAGUUUGAGAUCGACGAGACAGGAGUCUCUUCUAAUGUAAAAAAUAGUACAUUCCAAAACAAUAAGAAAUCCAAACUUUUAAAAGGAGUGAUUUUUACUUUAUCUUCCACCAUAUUUUUCUCUUUAAAUGCUGUUAUUGUGAGACAUUUACAGAAUGUACAUCCAGGAGAAAAGGCCUUUUUUCGUUUUCUUGGAAUUCAUAUCUUUAGUUUACCGUUACUAAUACACUCUAAACAAGAACCGUUUGUUCGAAGGGAUGUCAGACUUAUGGUGUUUCUUCACGGAAUAUUUGGAUCACUUGCUUUAUUUUUGAGGUUUUAUGCUUAUCAUUUCCUUCCCAUCGCGGAUGUUUCAGUGAUCGAGUUGAGUGAUCCGAUCUUCGUGGCCAUUUUUGCAAGGAUCUUUCUAAAUGAACCUUGUGGUUGGUUUCAAAGUAUUUUGAUAGUUUUCACCAUUUUUGGAAUUACAUUAAUGACUAAGUUACCACUCCAGUUUCUACAAAGUGAAGAAUCUAUCGAUGUUUCAACUGGAGUACGUAUUUUUGGUAUUGCUAUGGCUUUAGGAUCUAGAAUAUUUGCCUCUUUAGUAUAUAUAGUUAUUCGUAAGGUUAAAGAUGUUCAUCAUUCAGUUAUUUUGUUCAGUUAUGGAUGGGUAGGUGUUAUAGUUUGUACAGUUGGUACACUUGUGUUUGGAGGAUUUUCUUCUAUCUCAUGUGGCCUUGAUCAGUGGCUUAUUCUCGGAUUGGGGUUUCUUAGUUUUAUCGUACAAAUUCUAUUCACAAAGGCACUUCAAUCUGAGCAGGCUAUCCUAGUUUCUGUUCUUCGAAGUAGCGGUUCCAUUUUCUUUGCUUACUUGUUGCAAUUGCUACUCUUCAGAGAAAUCCCAGAUGUCUGGAGUACUGGAGGUGCAGUUGUGAUUUGUACUUGUUUUUUCCUGACUACUGCACGCAAAUAUUUCUUGUCACUCCCUUUAGAUUCCCCCAUCAGGCAGCUUCUCAGAAAACGUGUUCCAAAACCUUGA